AUGAAACAGACUUUGCUGUCUUAUUAUUCAUUGACUUCAUGGAUCCCUUGCUAUAUACACAGCCACAGAGAACGACUCAAUUGUGGGGAAUUUUCAGCUGUGCUCUGCAUUCUCUGUGGAUCAAACGUAGGAGUGGACAGCGGAAUGGCAAUGGGAGACAAGAAGAGCCCGACGCGAAUGCUACUGGAAUGCAGUCUCAGUGACAAGUUGUGUAUUGUCUGGCAGCACCAGUAUGAAAUCAUCAUCAUCCCAGUCCUUCUGGUUGGCAUCUUCCUGAUCAUUCUUGGGGUCAUUUUGUGGCUUUUUAUCAGAGGAAAAAGAGCUCAGCAACAGUCUCCUGGACUCCAAGGCAUUGUCCCUGUGCCAUCUAGGAGCCUAAAUGAGCAAGUAGGAGCACAUGGAGGAAGUGUGUUUGUACCACUUAAGGAGACAUCGGUGGAAAGCCUUCUACAAACUUCCACGCAGGCCCUGGUUAAGCUGCAGGUGCCCCGGGAGCAACUCUCUGAAGUUCUGGAGCAGAUCUACGAUGGUAGUUGUGGGGCCAUCUAUCGAACCAGGAUGCACACUGGGGACCCUGACAAGUCCAAGAUUAUUGUCCUCAAGGCUUUAAAAGAACCAGCUGGGCUCCACGAGGUUCAGGAUUUCUUAGGGCGAAUCCAAUUCCAUCAGUACCUGGGGAAGCAUCAGAACCUGGUACAGCUGGAAGGCUGCUGCACAGAGCGAGAGCCGCUGUAUAUGGUGCUGGAGGAUGUGGCCCAGGGAGACCUGCUCAGCUUUCUCUGGACCUGUCGCAGGGAUGUAAUGACCAUGGAUGGGCUUCUCUAUGAUCUCACGGAAAAACAAGUAUAUCACAUUGGGAAGCAGGUUCUCUCGGCUUUGGAAUUUCUUCAGGAUAAACAUCUGUUCCAUGGGGAUGUGGCAGCCAGGAAUAUUCUGAUCCGAAGCGACCUUACUGCUAAGCUCUGUGGGCUGGGCCUGGCUUAUGAAGUCCACACUCAAGGAGCGGUCUCCUCUACUCGCACCCUGCCUCUCAAGUGGCUCGCCCCAGAACGGCUUCUGCUGAGGCCAGCUGGCGUCAGAGGAGACAUAUGGUCAUUUGGGAUCCUGCUUUAUGAGAUGGUGACUCUAGGGGCACCGCCAUAUCCUGAAGUCCCUCCUCUCAGCAUUCUACAGCAUCUCCAAAGAGGGAGAAUCAUGAAGAGACCCAGUAGCUGCACACACACCAUGUAUAGCCUUAUGAAGUCCUGCUGGCGCUGGAAGGAGGACAGCCGCCCCUCACUUAGAGAGCUGUGCUCACGCCUAAAAACUGCUGCUCGAACCGCAGAUGACAAAGUUGUGUUGCAGGUACCAGAGUUGGUGGUUCCUGAAUUGUAUGCAGCGGUGGCAGGCGUCAGCGUGGAGAGCCUCUCCUACAGCUACAGCGUCCUUUGA